AUGGAAGAGGUGAUUUGUCAGAAGUAUAAAAUUGAAGCUGGAGCUUGGUUCCCAAAUCAAACUGGUGGUAGAAGAUGGUCAAAGUUAUGGGGUGAUAUUAUAGCAGUGGCAGAACAUAGUACCAAUCUAUUCCAAUUUUUUGCCAACAACUUCCAAAUUAAAGUGGGAGAUGGGAAUAGAGUGAGAUUUUGGCUUGAUGUGUGGCAUGGUGGCUUUUGUUUUAAAGAGGUUUUCCCUAGACUGUUUUCACUCUCUACAGAGAAGAAUGGUUCUUUAAAAUUUUUUGUUGACAAAAAAGGUAUCUCUGGGGCUUGGGAUCUUUGUCUAAGAAGGCCUUUGAGGCAGUGGGAGGUUGAGGAGGCAUUCAGGCUCACUGAUAUAUUAACAGCAGCUCCUAGGUUAAGUUUGGGGGUUAAAGAUAAUCCAAGGUGGCUGGAUUGUAAACCAGGUCAAUCCUUUGUUGCUUCUCUUUACAGGAAUUGUGAUCUGGGUUCUGGUGUAGCUGCAAGUACUUCUAGACUGGUGUGGAUUAAUUAUGUCCCACCCAAAGUUCAAUUCUUUGGGUGGCUAGCUUGGAAACAUAAGAUCAAAACUUCUGCUUUUCUUCAAAGGGUUGGAGUGUUGGGUGAGGAAGCCUCAACUGAGUGUAUUUUCUGCAAAUCAGAGGUAGAAUCUGCUUCACAUGUCCUAAUUUCUUGUCCUCUGAUCUGGAAGGUCUGGUCUGGUUUAGUGAAGUGGUGGGGUUUGGUUUGGGUUGUACCUGGCUCUGUUGAAGGCUUGCUGCACUGGUGGGCUGGCACCUGCCUCAUGAAAGCUGAAAGGAGAGUUUGGCUUGCUAUCCCUCUGGUUGCAAUGUGGUCUAUUUGGAAACAUCGGAACAAUUGCUUGUUUAAUUGUGUUCAACCGGAUAUGGAGGAGCUUAAGGAGUCCAUUAUUAUCAGGCUAGCUAUUUGGCUGAAGGCAGCCUCUAAGGAUUGGCCAUUCUCCAUCAAUGAUUUUCUUUUUAAUAUCAGCCAGAUUCGGGUUUGUUUAGGUGGCCGGGGUUGA